GAUUCUAAUUUUAACUAUAUGGUGAUGCAAGACUUUCAAGGGACACUUGUUUACUAGUUUUCAGCAGUUGGUUCGAGGAUUUGAUAUAACCUGUUUAUUUAGUUGAGUGUUUUAUGUGACGGUGUUUAUUAUUUAUGGUAAAAAUGGAUCUCAAGUUUGAAAAAGGGGUUUCUCUUCAAAAAGCGCUGGAGAUGCUUGAUGCCGUUGAAACUUUAGACGUUGAUGCUAUAUACAUACAUAUAGGUACUGAACCCCCAGAAUUGAAUGUGCUUACAGACGAGGAGUCUGGUGAUGAGGAAUAUAAUGAUUUUAACAGGCUGUCCGAGAAAAUUCUUAGAGCACCUGUUGAACUUGUUUUACGAAAUAGUGAAAGAGAUUCCGAAAUAUAUGAUGAUAUUACCGAGGCUCAGCUUUCCAGAUCAUCAACAAAAGCUAAAAAAUUAGUGAAAGAAAAGUUGAAGUUGAUCUUAUGAACCAGAAUGUAGCUACAUACCAAGUAGGAAUUUGCUCUAAAAAAUGGUAGUGGUGUCUAUUUACAUUGAUGCU